AUGGUGAAGCUGCUACUAAGCCAUAGGGUUCAAAAAUUUUCUGGCAAAUUCUAUCCACAAUUUGUAUAUGCCACUAAUAAAUUCCCUGCAGCAAUCUUUCAUUUAAGGUCACAACAUGUUCUUACUUCACCAAGUUUUGCAACUUUCCAAAAUCUUAAUGCUCGACUAAAACGCAGUUUUAUAAAGGUUUGCGCGAUGAGAAGGAGAAGGGCAGGUAUGCAGACAGAUACUUAUGUCUUAAUGGAACCUGGUAAGGAUGAAGAAUUUGUUUCUGAGGACGAACUCCAAAGUAGAUUGAAGGGUUGGCUAGAAAAUUGGCCUGGGAAUUCACUACCGCCUGAUCUUGCAAGAUUCGAGACUAUUGAUGAUGCUGUACGGUACCUAGUCACGUCUGUAUGUGAACUUGAAAUCGAUGGAGAUGUCGGUUCAAUUCAAUGGUACCAAGUUCGUUUGGAAUGA